AUGGCACCGCGGAACAAUUUGUUCGAUACGCCAUUACCUGAUUAUGUUGAACGUGAUAUUGUUCCAUCCUUAAUAGAUCAUCAUGAAUCAGAUGAAGAAGACGAGAAUGCUAUUCAAAAUCAUUCAGCAUUAAAACAAUGGGUAUCAACGGAAAAAACAAUAAUUGUCUGGAGAAAUGUUUUUAUAUUCAUAUUAUUACAUCUUGGAGCUCUCUAUGGAUUUUAUUUAUGUUUUUCGGCAAAAAUAAUGACAAUUAUUUGCGCAUUUAUCUUGUAUAUAAUGGGUGGUCUUGGAAUAACUGCUGGUUCACAUCGACUUUGGGCUCAUCGUUCGUAUAAAGCACGAUUUCCAUUACGAAUUUUAUUGGCAAUAUUUCAAACAAUGGCAUUUCAGAAUUGCGUUUAUGAAUGGUCACGUGAUCAUCGUGUACAUCAUAAAUAUAGUGAGACGCAUGCUGAUCCUCACAAUGCAAAUCGUGGAUUUUUUUUUGCUCAUGUUGGAUGGUUAUUAUGUCGAAAACAUCCGGAUGUUAUCCGAAAAGGAAAAGAUUUAAAAAUGGAUGAUCUUCGUGCAGAUCCUGUUGUUCGAUUUCAAGAAAAAUUUUAUCUACCAUUAGUUGGAUUAAUAUGUUUUAUACUUCCAACAAUUUUACCCUAUUUUCUCUGGUCUGAAUCCUUAUGGAAUUCAUAUUUUAUAUGUGGUCUAUUCCGUUAUGUAUUUACAUUGCAUUGUACAUGGCUAGUAAAUAGUGUUGCUCAUAGUUGGGGAAUGAAACCGUAUGAUCGUCGUAUCAAUCCUAGUGAAAAUUUAUUCGUAUCGAUUGGUGCAAUUGGUGAAGGUUUUCAUAAUUACCAUCAUACAUUUCCUUUUGAUUAUUCAACAAGUGAAUAUGGCUUUAAAUAUUUUAAUUUAACAACGGGUUUUAUUAACGUUAUGGCUAAAAUUGGAUGGGCAUAUGAUCUGAAAAAAGUCUCACCAGAAAUGAUAAAACAACGACGUUUACGUACUGGAGAUCUGAAAAUGGAACAUCAAUGGUGA